AGAACAAUCUAAUUAACAAACAAGAACCACCCAUUUUCUGUUUGUUUCUUCUGCAAAACAUGACCAAGGUGGUCCAAUUUUCUUUGCUUCUUGCUCUCAUUUUAGUCCUUAGUGUCUCUCUAGCUUCAGCAGCAUCCCAAAAUCUUGAAUUCACAGAACUAGAAGAUGAAGAUCAAAGCAACUUGUCGACUUACAUAGUCCAUGUCAGAAAGCCUCAGGUUAUUCAAUCUGAUGAUUUGCAUACUUUUUACUAUUCCCUACUACCAGAGAGCACAAAAACAACGAACCAACGCAUUGUCUUCACAUACCGAAACGUUGUGAACGGAUUUGCUGUGAAACUGACCCCUGAAGAAGCCAAAGCUCUGCAACAGAACGAGGAGGUUGUGUCAGCACGUCCUGAAAAAAUUCUAUCUCUACACACAACACACACUCCAAGCUUCUUGGGUUUGCAACAAGGAUUAGGACUAUGGAAAGGUUCCAAUUCUGGCAAAGGGGUCAUCAUUGGAAUCUUGGACACAGGGAUAUCCCCCUUCCACCCUUCUUUUUCAGACGAGGGAAUGCCUUCUCCACCUGCAAAAUGGAAUGGUAUCUGUGAAUUCACAGGGAAGAGGACUUGUAACAACAAGAUCAUUGGCGCAAGAAAUUUUGUCAAAACAAAAAAUCUAACACUUCCAUUUGAUGACGUUGGUCAUGGAACUCACACGGCUAGCACCGCCGCUGGAAGACCAGUGCAGGGUGCUAACGUAUACGGCAAUGCGAACGGCACCGCAGUUGGCAUGGCACCUGAUGCACACAUAGCAAUGUACAAGGUAUGUGGCCUGGUGGGUUGUUCUGAGAGUGCAAUAUUAGCAGGAAUGGACACCGCCGUUGACGACGGCGUUGAUGUUCUUUCCCUCUCCCUCGGAGGACCCUCUGGUCCUUUCUUUGAAGACCCAAUUGCUUUAGGUGCAUUUGGGGCAAUUCAGAAAGGAAUAUUUGUUAGUUGUUCUGCUGCUAACUCUGGCCCUGCUUAUUCAUCUCUGUCCAAUGAAGCUCCAUGGAUUCUCACCGUUGGUGCAAGCAGCAUUGAUAGAACAAUCAUGGCAACGGCGAAGCUUGGGAAUGGGAAAGAGUAUGUUGGGCAAUCAGUGUUUCAGCCUAAAGACUUUGCACCUUCAUUGUUGCCACUGGUGUAUGCAGGUGCAAAUGGAAACAAUAAUUUCUCUGUUUUCUGUGCCCCUGAAUCCUUGAACAGAUCAGAUGUUGAGGGAAAGGUAGUGUUAUGCGAGGAUGGUGGAUUUGUUCCGAGAGUGUUCAAAGGGAAAGCGGUUAAAGAUGCUGGUGGUGCAGCAAUGAUCCUCAUGAACAGUGUACUUGAAGACUUCAAUCCCAUCGCUGAUGUUCAUGUUCUUCCUGCUGUGCACAUAAGUUAUGAAGCUGGGUUAGCCCUCAAAGAAUACAUAAAUUCAACUUCAACACCAACAGCUACAAUCUUAUUUGAAGGAACUGUUAUUGGAAACCUACUUGCCCCUCAAGUUACUUCCUUUUCUUCUAGAGGACCAAGCAAAGCAAGCCCAGGGAUUCUGAAACCUGACAUCAUUGGACCAGGAUUGAACAUUCUAGCUGCAUGGCCUGUGUCUUUGGAUAACAGUACCACCCCACCAUUCAACAUCAUUUCAGGUACCUCAAUGUCUUGUCCUCAUCUCAGUGGCAUUGCGGCUCUGCUGAAAAAUUCUCAUCCAGAUUGGUCCCCUGCUGCAAUAAAAUCAGCAAUCAUGACCACUGCUUCUCAGGUGAAUCUUGGAGGGACCCCUAUAUUGGACCAGAGGCUUGUACCUGCAGAUGUUUUCGCCACUGGUGCAGGACAUGUAAACCCUGUGAAAGCAAACGAUCCAGGGCUUGUUUAUGACAUUGAACCUAAUGAUUAUAUUCCUUAUUUAUGUGGUUUGAAUUACACGGACAGAGAAGUUGGAGUGAUUUUGCAGCAGAGAGUGAGGUGCUCAGAGGUAAAUCACAUAGCUGAAGCAGAGCUUAACUAUCCGUCAUUUUCUAUUCUGUUGGGGAACACUACACAGUUAUAUACAAGAACAGUGGCAAAUGUUGGACCUGCGAACUCAACAUACACUGCGGAAAUUGGUGUUCCUGUGGGAGUAGGUAUGAGUCUAAGUCCUGCUCAGUUAACAUUCACUGAGGUGGGGCAAAAGCUUACAUACUCUGUUUCUUUUAUCCCCUUUUCCGAAGACAGAGACAAUCACACGUUUGCUCAGGGCUCUCUGAAGUGGGUAUCUGGAAAAUACUCUGUUAGAAGCCCUAUAUCUUUUAUUUUCCUUUGAUAAGAAAUUAGAGCAUGACACUGUUAAUCUGUUAUGGAUGUACCCUUAACUUUCUAGUUAAUAAGUUGUUCAUGUGCUUCAUUAGCUAAAGUAUCUAAAUUUGUUGAAAUCCUUGAAAUGUACUUGUUUUUGAAUUUUUGAAAUAUUUUAUACAUGUAAUGUUUGCUGGUGAAUGAAGAAAGAAUUCCCUUGA